UAUGACAGAUUUGCAAAGGGUUAAUUUUUUUCAUCCGGCAACGUUUUUCCUGUUCAGAGUAUUUCCAAAAAUUUUGGAAACACUCGAAUAACUUUAAAAUUUCGUGAAAAUUUUUAAAUUAUAAUUGAGAAGUGUCGGUGUAAAACUUUAAAUUGUUGCUAAAAUAAAAUUGGUGCUAAAAGGGGGAGAAUAUAAUAUAAUAAGGAAGAUUGCACUGCAGAAACUAGCGCUGACACUUGCAUUUGUAAGAGUGUUUGUGUGGGAAACGGUGUUGUGCUAUUUAAUCAAAGGGGAACGGCAUCAAAGUAGCGGUACACAAGCAUGAAUAGGAGCGACAUAAAUCAGAGCAUAAUCGAAAUGAUAAGUAACACAGUUUCCCAGGACAACCAUGAGAAUAGUUCCACCACAUCUGGAAUAAAUGAGGCAUCAUCAUCCGCAGCUGCUAUUUCAUCCCUAAUGAAUCGAAAUUCAUCAGCAACGUCCUUAACACCCUUAACGUCGUUGGCCCAACAGCCCAAAACCUCAGAGCACUCUGGAAUAAAUGAUGAACAGAAAGCGUCCACAUCGGCACAUGCACUAUCCGUCGGCGGGGGUAUAAAAGCAAUAACAGGUGACACAGCUGGUGAUGAAAUGGGUGAAAGAAGUUGUUGGAUAUGUUUUGCGACCGACGAAGAUAAUCGCCUGGCACCAUGGGUCCAGCCAUGUAAAUGCCGUGGCACCACGAAAUGGGUACAUCAGAGUUGUUUGUAUCGUUGGGUAGACGAGAAGCAAAAAGGAAAUGCGAUGCGGGCAGUGAGUUGUCAACAGUGCCAAACGGAAUAUAUUAUUGUAUUCCCACAAAUGGGUAAAGUAGCCAAUAUAUUGGAAGCUUUCGAUAAUUUAAUCAAACGUUUAAGUCCCUUCCUGGCUGCCGGUAUAUUUGUCGGUUCAAUAUACUGGACUGCUGUUACUUAUGGCGCCGUCACUUUUCUACAGAUUGUAGGUCAUAAAAAAGGAUUGGCGUUGAUGGAAAAUGGUGAUCCGUUAAUAUUAUUGAUCGGCUUGCCUGCCAUACCAGUUGGCUUAGUGCUUGGCCGCAUGAUUCGUUGGGAGGACGCAGUUAUUCGAUUGAUUCGUAACAGACGAAGUAUUGCGCGAAAAUUCCCGCUGAUGAAUUUCAUUAUUCCCUUUCCCGAGGAGGAAGAAGAACCAUCAGCGCAAAAUCCAGCCACACCCACAUUGUCGGAUCCAGUCUCCGCAACGCGCAUAUUUUGUGGAGCCCUGAUACUACCAACCAUAUCAACUAUAGUUGGGCGCUUGCUAUUCGAAUCGAUUGAAAAUACUCUGCAUCGUACACUUCUCGGCGGACUGACAUUCAUUGCAGUUAAAGGUAUUCUAAAGAUCUAUCUUAAGCAACAACAGUACACGCGGAAAAAGAAGCGCCGCAUUGUUGAUUACACAGAUGAGAAUGUGCGCAUAUACGUAAAUCGUAGCACAACGCGCCACCAUGGCGCUGGGGCUGGAGCCGGUGGAGUUGCUGGUGGUGUAAAUGUUGGAGCAGCCGAUGCUCCGACAUCUGCUGGAAGUACAAGUGCACAGUCUCAAGGGGAUGCAAACGCAAUACCGAUACCGCCAACCGAUCGUGUCAGCAUUGUUUAGAUUACCGCUAAGCCGACAUAAAAAUUACUUUGAUAAGUACAGCGGCAACACAAAAAAAUAAUGCUGUGGGCAUCUAGCAGAGUGCUAUUAGCAGAUUUAUUAUUAUCCAUACAUGUUGUAAUAAAUCAGGGCGCAAACUAUGCUCUAUGUCUGUUUUUUUUUUGUGCUGACAAAAUUUUGUUAGAAACACCAAAUUGCUAUCCUGCAUGAAAUGAACUUAUAAAUAUACAUAUGUGGAUCGCUACAAAAACUAUUAAAAAAAAAACUAAUAAAUUAAAAAGGCAUUUGUAUCUAAACUGGAGACAAACCCAAUAUCAUACAAUAUACAAUUAAAAUGUUUCUUGUGCUACAUUUGGUAGCGCAAAAUAUUAAAUUAAAUAAAGUAAAAAUUAACAUGAAAUUGUAAACUGAACUUUCGAAUCAAACUACAUAUUCGCUCAAUGCACAAUUACUCUUUAAAAUGAAUAAAUACAAAUUAAUUCGGUUAGGUGGGCUUCUAUACAAUAUGCGAGCAUGUAUUUCAUUAUGAUAAUGUGUAUUUAUAUACAUGCAUAUAUACAUACAUAUGUACGUGAAACGCCAAUAGUUAAGAAAUAAGAACUUCCUCUACAAUUUUUAAAAGAAAAAAUGUUGGUAAUUUUGAAAAAAUAAGUAUAAUUUGGUGCUUGCUGUAUGUAUGCGUUUUGUGGUAUAAUCGGGUAAAAAUUGUUGUUUUUUUUUGUAUAAAACCUAGUGUUUAAAUUGGCUCCAAUUUCAUGUUAUUUGGAUUCAGUUAAAUACAUUUGUUUGUUAAAUACUAAAAUGUUUAGUGCAUCCAGACUUACACAUAUAAAUACGUAUGUACAUAUUUUUUAAUAAUGUUAUAGAAAAGACGAAGAAAUUAAAAACAAUUAAAAAUAAUGAAUUAUGUAAACCUAAGGUUGCGAUUCUGACUUGAUUUUGUGAUUUCGAUUUGUAACAUUCGUAAAUACAUAAAAGUAUAAACAUUUAUAAA